UAGCGGCCUCUGCUGCAGCGGCCUGCUGCUCCACCAGGUGUCAGCAGAGCGGAGGACACCCUUCACAUGUGAAAAAAUGCAGGUGAGACUGCUGUACACUGACACACAAAAUGCAGAGAUAGGGAAGAGCAAGAGGAGGUUUCCUCUUCUUUUCCUUUCUAAAACUCUGCCCCCUUGGGAACUAUUUGCCUUCUCCACACCCUUUACAGGUAAAGUAUACUUUCACAGUCACUGAAAGCAUACAGUCAUUCUUUCUCCGAGGCUGAGGGGGAAAAGAGGAGGGCAUUACACAAACCCCCUCAGUGUGGAAGGCACUCAGUAUCUCAGCACAUCAUGACUAGAUCUGCACUACUGAUUCUGGCAGCCCUUGUUGGAUCCUGCACUUGGUUUACAGAUGCUGUCAACAUUAACGUACAAAAUGAACCAUCAACAGAGAAAUCAGAGAAGACAGAAAGUUACAUGUCAAUACUCUGCUCACCAAUAACCACCUCAUCCUCCCCAUCCUCCUCUGUUCAUGCUCUCACACCGGCUGAUAUCUCGGCUGUUUAUGCCUUGGGGAUGCCUCACUCACACAGGGGUGAAGCAUCCAGAGUGGUCAGUAGACUAGCUGAGUUGCUGUCUAUGUUUAACCCUGAAGUGAUCACUGAACAUGUGAAUAAGGCCUCAUUGCAGCCCAGGAGCUUGUUGGAGGAGGCAGAAGAACUGUCUCUGUCCCUUUCACAUCAGGUCUCAGACUGGAAGUUUGUGCUGCUGUUUGUACCAGCAACAGAUUUCACAUGCACCUGUUCACCACAUGUUUCUGCAGAUGUUAAUGCUGUUGUACAGGAAGUGGAAGCAGCUCUGCAAAUACUGCAGAAGCGGUUACAUCACACCUUAGUUCAUGUCGUGGUCUGGAGCGCAAAUCAUCAACAGGACAACUGGUGUGAGUGUAUGAGAGAUGAAAACAUAAACCAGCGACUACAUGAAGCAACUCUUCUAAAACGACUGCAGGACUCUCUAAAUCAUGUCUUGGAAAAUCCAAAGUGGCACAGCAACAGUGUAGACUUCACUGCCCUGCUGCAGUCUGCACCAGUAAUUGCUGAUCCCAUUUCAGAUUCUAACACAUUGUCUGACGUAAACCAACUAGCUGUUCAGCUAUGGACAAACCUGCUUCAGCCAUCAACAGGUCAGAUAGAGGUCAUGGACGGCAGUGUCAUCACUAUUCCUUGCCCUACGCAGGAACGACCUUUCCUGCGGACACAGGUCAAUUCCCCCACCAGCAGAGAGGAGACGGUUUACAGCAAAGUCUCUUCACUAACAGAUCCUGUCAUGGGUACCGAAAUACCCUGCACAGACCGUAGUCCAUCUCCUACAAAACCUACUUCAGUUCAUGAACUCAGACCUGCAGAUAUCAAGGUGGUGGCAGCAGUAGGCGACUCUCUGACAGCAGCCAAUGGUGUGGGUGCAAAGAAAGACAACCUUCUGUUAGUGAUUAAUGAGUACAGAGGACUGUCAUGGUGCGCUGGUGGUGAUGAAAACAUUACCAAUGUGACCACUCUGCCAAACAUCCUGAGGGAGUUUAACCCCUCUCUGACUGGCUUCUCACAGGGAAUAGGUAAUGAAAACAGUCCUAUGGCCUUCCUCAACCAGGCUGUAGCAGGAGCUAAGAGUGGUGAUAUGGUACGACAGGUGCGCAUCCUAGUGGACAAAAUGAAAAAUGAUUCGCGCAUUGAUUUCCACAACGACUGGAAAGUGAUCACCAUGUUUAUCGGCGGCAAUGACAUAUGUGACUUCUGCACAGACAGUGUUUUUUUCUCACCCAGAAAUGUGGUUGAGCGUAUCCGCCAAGCUCUGGACAUACUCCAUAGUGAAGUGCCUCGUGCCAUUGUUAAUCUGGUUGAACUGUUAAACAUUGUACCAUUGCGUGAUCUGCACCGAGAUAAAACUCUGGGCUGCCCCACCUGGUUUGUGCGUUUAAUUUGCCCCUGCAUACUGAAGCCUAAAGAGGGGUCCUCUGAACUCCGGAAGGUCAAUGACUUCAAUAGAGCUUAUCAGUAUGAAAUGAGAGAGCUAAUUGACUCUGGCCGGUAUGACACACACGACAACUUCACUGUGGUACUGCAGCCCUUCUUCAGAGAAGUUUUCCUUCCCACGUUAGAAAAUGGAAAGCCUGAUCGCUCUUUCUUUUCACCUGACUGUUUUCAUCUCAGCCAGAGAGCUCACACUCUCAUGGCUCGUGCUCUUUGGAACAAUAUGUUAGAGCCAGUGGGCAACAAGACUUCUACUCAAGACUUCAUGGCCGGCAUUGAUUUGAAGUGCCCCUCUGAGACUAUCCCAUUCUUUAGAACUGCUGUCAACAGCAACUACACCUUUCCAGGCCCACCCCCCACCCCUGCUCCUGUUACAAACUGGGGCAGUGACUUCUCCUGUGUUAACACAGCUCCUUCCAACACAGUGCCCACUUCAGCUCACAGGUUACGACCAGCAGACAUUAAAGUGGUGGCUGCUCUGGGUGACUCUUUAACGGCUGGAUUUGGUGCUAAGGCAAAGAGUCUGCUCCAACUAAGAACUGAGAACAGAGGAGUGUCAUGGAGCAUCGGAGGAGAUAAAAAUCUCGAGACUGUCACAACAUUACCCAAUAUCCUUAAGAAGUUUAAUCCUAAAAUCAAAGGAAUGUCAAAGGGAAACGGAAAAUGGCAGACAGGCUUCAACAUGGCUGUGUCAGGAGCUAAAAUUUCAGGAAUCCCAGAGCAAGUCAGACACCUGAUUGAUAAGAUGAAAAAUAGCUCUGCAGUAAAUUUUGAAAAGGACUGGAAGCUGGUGACCCUCUUCAUUGGAGGCAAUGACCUGUGUCAGUACUGCAAUGACCGGGCAUCUUUGUCACCUUUGAACUACAGCCAUCAUAUGAUGACAAGCUUGGAUAUGUUGUACAAAGAGGUUCCCAGGGCAAUGGUCAAUGUCUUGGUGAUCCUGGAAAUUGAAGGCCUUCGCAGGAUCAAAAGGGAUAGUCUUGGGUGCAAUGUGUUACAAAAGUAUGUCUGCCCAUGCUUCUUGUUACCAGGAGAAGAUUCUCCAGAGCUGACUGAAGUAAAACGGAUCAAUCGGGAGCUACAGAUUGAGACGGAAAACUUGGUGUAUGGAGGCCGCUAUGAUGACAGAGAGGACUUUGCUGUGGUCGUGCAGCCCUUUUUUAAAAACUCCAUUGUUCCUUUGAACGCUGAUGGCACACCUGACGACACCUACUUCUCUGCGGACUGCUUCCACUUCAGUGAACGGGGACAUGCUGACAUGGCUGUAGCUAUAUGGAAUAACAUGUUGGAGCCAGUGGGCAAAAAGCAGACAUACAAUAAUUUCACAAAUGCCAGAAAUAACAUCAAGUGCCCCACUGAGGAGCAUCCUUACAUCUUCACAAAGGUGAACAGUUUGCCCAGUGUGACCACCACAACUACAGCACCCAACAACAGCACAACCUUGCCUCUCUCCACCACCACCACCACCACCACCACCUCAGCACUCACACCGCACAGCACAGCCCUGCCUCUCACCACUGAUUGCUCGGACAAUGUGCCAGUGUGGCUCGCUGCGGUGCUGGCUGUCACGGGUCUUCUGAUUGGCUGGGCUGUCACCUGGCUCCUCCUCUCCUGCAGAGCCAAGAGAAGCAAGAGGACGAUGAUGGCUGCAGUGGAGAUGAAGGGCACUGAGUUUUAAAGUGCUACUUACUGCUCUUCUGCACUGAACUAUUUAAGGAGGAAUUUGCAAACCACAUCUACAAAACAACAUUCCAACAUUUAAAUCAACUGUACGAUACAAAGCAUAUUGUUUGUGGUAAUGGCGGUUAUACUCUUAGACACACAUUUUUUAUAAUAAGCCAUGAUAAGAUAGGUCUGUCUGCUUUGACCAGAAAAGUUUUGUCUAUUGUCCUUGAACCAUAAAGAAUAUUUCUGAAUGCAGUGGUGGAAAAGGUACUCCAGUUCAUUCCUUAAGUGAAGCGAUAAAUAAGACAAUUAAAUGAUAUUUCAUUAGUCCUGCAUUCAAACCAUGCCCAAGUUAAAGUGUAUGAGUAUCUUAAAGUAUUGAGCACUUAUUGUGAUGAAUGAUUCCCUUCACAUUGUUAUAUUUCUGCUGCAUAAACCUGUCAGAAGUAUAAAUGUUGUAGCUGGUCUAACAACUCAAACUGCCCCAUACUCCCCAUGACUAGAUGAAACAAUCACUAGAUAUCAAACACAAUAUGAGACUGCAUAUUAACUUAUUACUGCUGUAAUUUAUUGAAAUGAAAAUCUUUUUGAAGUCAGUACCGUCACACUUUGAAUUGUGAAGUAAAAUAUACAAUACUUGCCUUAAAACUCACUCUUUCUGGAUGUAACAACAGUGCACUCUUGGUAGGUGUAAAUAAUUGCAUAGCCAUUAUGUUUGUGUUAAUUACUUGGCAAUAACCAUGUUCUUGUUCUUGUGUAUGUGUGUGUUUUAAAGAAUGUCGAUGCCUUUAAUUGUGACAAAA